AUGGCGCUGGCUACUAAUCUUCAACCGCUGGCUUAUGCCGUGGCCUACGUUACCUUCUUUCUGGGCACCACCUCCACCUUUCUGAGGUUUUACAGUCGUUACGUCGAUGAGAGUCUGAGGAAAUGGAGACGGGAUGACUACUUCGCUGUGGUGGUUUUUAUCUUUAGUGUCGCUCAGCAGGGUGUCUUGCAUAUGUUCCUCUACUGGGGGUGCGGGCUACAUAUGGACGCUCUUAAUACCUUUCAACAACUGGAAAUUGUCAAGUGGCUCUUUGUCGAGGAGAUAGUCUACUACUCCGUACAUUGGGUUAUGAAAUCCGCCUUUCUCUUCUUUUACCUCCGGCUUGCGCGCGAGAGUGCCGAGUUUAGCUAUGCUGUCUACGCUGGCCUUGGUCUUAACACCAUCAACAUCGGCCUAGACAUGUACAUCCUCCUUCUACCCAUCGCCAUGCUCUGGAACUGCCAAAUCAGCUUCCGCAAAAAGAUCGCCGUCCUCAGCGUCCUCACCUUCGGCAGCAUCUCCGUCAUCAUCGCCACCUUCCGCCUCAUUCCACUCCUCGAAUUGGGAUCUCAAUCUGACGAACCGAUCGACACAUCCUGGGUUCUCGGCAAAAUGAUCAUAAUCGCCGCCCUCGAGACGCAAUUCGCCAUCGUCGCCGUCAAUCUCCCUUCGCUCAAGAAACUCUGCACUAACUUCACCGGCGAAGAGAGUCUCGUCGAGGAACCGCAGAACUUGAGGUGGAAAGCGAAGAAAUUGACUUCGCAAUGCAGCGACGACUCUGACGAUGACGAAUUCUACGUCUCGGGUGGAAAUGGACGAGGAUACCAUUGGCGCAAGAGCAAGGCUAGCUCGCAUACAAGUUUCCGGACAAGCAUCGCACCCAGUUUCGCUACAGAUGAGGAAUCGCUUCAGGCUAGUGUUGCUGUUGCGCUUCCGGUGCUGUGGGUCAAGUCGAAUGUUCAGACGGUGAGGGUUGGUAGGGGGCAUGUGAGCAGAGGGCAUGUGGUUAGGAGUCUGGUUAGAUGUAGUAUGGAGAGGGUUGAGGAUUGCUUCCCCAGGGGACACUUUUUGAGGACGUAUGGCAGGCCGGAGUCGAGGCGGCCAGAGAGUAGAUUGCCGACUUGUAUGGAAAUAUGA